AUUAAACCUAUAGCCAGAUUUAGUAUCACUUUUUAAUUACUAAGUUAUCAAAAUAUCCAAAUCACACGCGUAAACCGUGAGAACAGGCUUACGCACACAUGUAAAGGUACGCGAAGGAAUGUUGUUUCAAUGGAGAAAUCGAGCGAUUCACCACUGCCGCCCGCCAAUGGAAGCUCCGGAGCUUUAGCUAGUGCCUCCACCACGAUAGAGAUGGCGCUAGCGGACUCGUGAAAUAUGCGAGGGAUUCAUUUGAAUUUCAUGUUUUGAUAGGGGCUAUGAUAAUACAAAAAGUAAUUUGUGAGUAACGGUUUUCUUGUUGCUAAUGAUGAUGCCAUACAUAAAUGCCUUAUGAGAGCGGCAGCUUUGUCAAUGUCCGCCGUUGCUAAGCACCGAGCUUUAGUAAAAGCUCAUUCUAAUGAUGUGUUGUUUGCUAAAUAUUAACUGCAUUUAGUUUUAAGUGAUUAGAUAUUGUUAAUGAGAAAUGGCGACUUGCUAUCAAAAACAUCCCUUUGAGAUUGAGAGCGAAGAUAAACUCACUGCGAUAAAUACCAAGAUUUUUGAGAUCAAGAAGAAAAUACAACUUUCAGAGGGCCAGAGAAAGUCGCACUACGAAGAGAACGAAGAAGAGAAGCAGCAGAACAACGAGCUGAUCAGCACGCUCAAGAAGGAGGUGCGGCUGCGACUGCAGGAGCUGGCGCAGGCGCGGGCGGUCAUCGGGGAUGAGGAUCUGCAGAUCAAGAAGUAUUUGAAUGAAGUCAGCCCGGUGGGGGAUAAGACUACUGAUCAGAUCAUCCAUAAUCUUGACUUAAAAGUAAUAGAGCAACGUAAAAUAUUGGAUCUUCUGAAAUACGAGCGGAAACAGAAGAAGAGCAAGCUCCGGAGCAUGGAGAAGGAAUACGAACAUCUGCUGAUAGAGAACUCCAAGUCGGCCACUGAGAAAAUCAAAUCUACUAAUCCUGCCAAAAAGCACGCAUCUCAUCUUGAAAACGAAAUUCACAAAGUGUUGGUACAGUGGAACGAGGCUGAGCUAGUCAAGAAGAAGUAUUCUUCCAUUCGAAAAGCUCUAGUGGAGGACUCCGUCAAGUUUGAAAGCUCACUUUACCACAUCACUGAGCUUUUGAAGAAGCAACGAGAAGAAAUAAAUAAAUUACAGCGAGUCCGCGACGAAGCCUCAGAGAUGCGGCUCCGAGCCACGGCAGCCCUGAUGGCGGCGUCGUCCCGGGCACAGGACGCCGAGCAGGGCCGCGCCGCGGAGCGCGCCUACUUCGCGCAGCGCUUCGACGACCGCAAGCGAGAGCUGGAGAAGCUGGAGAAGCGGAUCUUUCCGCCAGCUGCUCGAGCGGCGGUGGUGCGGCAGGACUCGUCGGGCUCCACGGAGGGCGCGGCCACGGAGGAGAGCAGCGCCGCGCUGCACAUGGAGGACGUCUUCCAGAAGCUCAUGAAGCUUACUGGAGUCACCGAAGCGGAAGAAGUCUUCGACCGGUUCCGAGCCCAACGCGAGACGUGCUCCCGACUCGGCUACCUGCAGCAGACCACGGAGGAGGAGAAGCUGGCGCUGGAGAAGACGCAGCAAGCGCUGCUGGCUGAGCUGGAGGCGUUCAAGUUCGCGUCGGUCAAGGAUAAGGAUGAAGCGCAAGACCAGAUAAAUGACCUGAAAGCUGAGAUAGCAAAGGAAGAGGAAAACAUAGUAGAAUUGGAGAAGAAGAACUCCGAGGUGGACACUCUGCUGAUGGAGAUCAAGAAACUGCUGUAUGACCUCUGCAAACUGCUGGACAUAGUCCCAGACCCCCCCGUGCCCGAGUGGACGGCGGAGGCGCGCGACAUCCAGGAGGUGGUGUCAGUGCUCAGCUCGAGGUACUCUGCCGCCGCAGCCCGCGCCGCUGAUGUUAGAGCGAGACGGGGCGAUGUGACCCCAGUCAUGCCUUCUAAUCCGCCCAGCGGAGCCGCCUCAGCGGCGGGCGUCAGCACCCACACCACCCCGCGGGAGGCCGAGGCCCCCGUGCCCACCUACAAGGAGCUGCUGCAGAGGGAACCCGUCAGACCACCGCCAUCGGAUGAAGAGGAGGACAUUCCGUCCAGGUCUUACCUGAAGAGGCAGGCGCAGUUGAUUCUGGACACCAAGUCUAGGAGAAAAGGAUUCCGUCCGCCGUAUCCCAGGAAAUGA